AUGUUAACUAUCCAAAUUGCUGAAAACUUUGUCAGAGAAAAACUAAUUAGUUCAACACUAAGAAAAAAGGCUUUAAUAUUUUGUGCUGUAUUAUUAUUUAUUGCUACAUUACAGGCUGAUACUCACUUUUGUCUUUAUCAAAAUGAAGAAGAAGAAUGGAUUAGUUUAUUGACUCAUGUAGAAACGUCAAAUGAAUUUGACUUUAAAAGACUUAAAAUCACAACCUUCUCAAGGUCUGAUGAGAUUCAAUCUUUUGAGCAACAACAAAUCGUCAAAAUUCUAGGGGAAAAAAUAAGUGACAAUUCUCCUAUCAUUUGUCUUCAUAACUGCGAGGCUUUUGCUGUGUGGUUUAUGGCAUUAUUCAUAAUUAUUUUUUAA